GCCUAUAUAUACGCACAGCUCACCCGAGCUAAGGCAAAGCAUCGCAUUAUUUGAUCGACAGUUCGACAAACAGAGCAAGAACGAUCGUGAGCUGUUGCUCGAUUUGGAUCCAUGGCGGCCGAGCUCGGGUGGUGGCCGAUGUCGCCGUGGCUGAGCCCCGGCGCGGCGUGGUUCAUCUUCUUCAACGCCCUCGUCGGCGCCAUCGCGCUCAUGUCGUCGUCCCGGGGGCAGCAGCAGCACGACGGCCGCGAGCGCAGGCUGGCUCGCACCGCAUCCACCGUAGUCCUCGACAGCCUGCGCUCCAUCUCCAUCUUCUCCUUCCACUCCGCGGGGGACUACAGCGUCGCCUGCUCUGCGCCGGCGCCGGCGCUCCACCACGUGCAAGAACAGUACCACACGUUCCAAGAACAAGAACCACGGGAGGAGGUGGCGCCCCAGCUCCCCCGUGAGCCCGAGGCGGCAUCGGUGGCCGAAGAAGAAAGCAUGGUCUUGCCGCAGAGCGCGCCUGGUGCUGCGGCGGCAGCACCAACCGCGUCCCCGGCGGCGUCGGAGAGCCAGGUGGAAGACGACGAGUCCUCCAUCAGCUUGGACGAGGCAUACGCGCUGGCGCGCGCAAAGCGGCAGCCACCAGCGGCUGCCGCUGCCGAUAAGGUGCCGGCCAAAAAGGAGGCGGCGGCGGACGCCAAGGCGCGAGCCGUCGGCUGCGGGCGGGGAGCAGAGGAGGCGGAAGGGAAGGCGGAGGUGAACGCGCGGGCGGAGCAGUUCAUCCGGCAGUUCCGAGAGGAGCUCAAGCUGGAGCGCAUCAACUCCAUCCUCAACUACACCAGCGCGCUGCGCCGCGGCGCCGGGGCGGCGCCACGGUAGUCGGUUGCGCUCGGGGGCAGCUCCGAUCGUCUCGAUUGAUUGCGUAGAGGGAAUAUUUUCAUUUGUUUGUACAGCACAGGGUGGUGCCACAGCACACACAGUUUUGGAUUGUUUUACUGCACCACAUAUACGCAGAGAUAAAAUGCGCAAGACUAGCUCACAACACGCA